CUUCGGGAUUAGAGCAGCAUUUUGAUCACGCAACGGGAGGAACUUCCGUCGCGAACUGGAAGCGCCUGGCACGUUCGAUAUGGCCGUGGCGGCGUAGGGACGAAAAGAAGAAGCGACUGGGGGGGCCACGGUGGUCCGCGCGCACAUCCCUCACUUUCAAUUCGUCCACCAAACCCAAAGCACCUUCCAUUCAUGACCCGAACUGCCCCACACGUCGCUUCGUCCAAGGCCGCAUGCCCCUUUGCCAACGUGGACCUGGCUCUUGGAAUCGAUGACCCGACCGAUUAUGUGGUCGCAUGCCCUUUCCACUCCCAUGCAGCCGCCCCGAUAGCGUCAAUCACAACGCCUGUUGACCUCGUCGUUCGCAAUAGUACUUUCAUCACCACCGAUACUAGCGCUUCCCUUCUCCGUGACAUUGGAGGAGGUGACAAGAUACGAGAGUGUUGUACGCGGUUUUACGCCCAUGCGUUCUUGGACUCGCAGUUGAAGCCAUUCUUCUUCGAAGACGAUGGAGCGACGGCCCACGGCCACCGCCUCGCCAAUUGGAUCAUUGAGAAAAUGGGCGGCGAAGGGAAGCCGUGGACUGACAGUGGCCGUCUCGGCAUGCGUCAACGCAGCCACAGCAAGGCGUGGAAUUGUGUAAAGCGUCACGAAAGCGUACGAGGCGAUCAUUUUAACUUGGUGGACGCACGGACAUGGAUGCGAAUCCACUUUUGGGCCGCGAGGGAGUGUCGUUUACACCGUCACGAAGCGUUCUGGCGCUGGUACAUUCGGUUUCUGCAGCAUUUCAUUGCCGUGUACGAGCGACGAGCGGUGCCAUAUGCAAACGAUGACGCGAAUUGGUCCAAGAAACAGUCCAACCUCGACGCCUACAUUCAAUCCAACCACACAAUGCUAGACUUGCAUGGCUAAACAAAACGAUGAAGAUCCGUGUGCACCCGUCGUUGCGACUUGAACCAGUCGCCACCCUGAUACGAUUCACACACCUGGUGCAUCAUGUCAUUUCUCACAACGACAUCGAAGUUUAGCGUCAGAGUUCGUGCUUGUCCUCUAAGCUCAUGUGCAGUUUCAUUUCCCCAAGAUUGAUGCAGUGUGUCAAGGUCUGAAUUCAAAAGUUUUGAAUAGCCUCCGAAAUCUAAUGAGUACUCCCGAGUUUGGUCGCAGAUUCCCUGCCGUGGUAAGCGCCGCCCUCGAGGAUGACCUGCCCCAAGGGAGAUCGGUGGUCGUCGUUGCUAUAUAUAUGUUAAUACACUCGACUAGUUCUAUC